GGCUGCUUGUUUUCCCGCCGUUUCCUGUGCCUCGUGAGAGAACCUGAUGGUCUGAGAUCUGACGGGUUGGAUCCCGGCUGCCAAGCUGAAUGGAUUGGUUUCAUUGCAACCAGUGUUUCCGAAAAGAUGGGGCCCAUUUCUUUGUCACCAGUUGUGGCCAUAUUUUUUGUAAAAAGUGUAUGACUCUGGAAAAAUGUGCUGUUUGUGGAAGUCCUUGCAAGCAUUUGGCUCUUUCUGAUAAUCUAAAGCCUCAAGAGAAGAAGUUCUUCAAAAGCCCUGUAGAGACAGCAUUGCAGUGCUUUAGUCACAUCUCUCAGGUGUGGUGCUUCCAGAAGAAACAAACAGAUCUUCUUAUUGCCUUUUAUAAGGACAGAAUUACAAAGUUAGAAGCAGCUGUGAAGAAGGCCCAGGAAACGGCAGCCAGCCAGAACAAAGAGCUAUCAAUCUUAAGAAAGGAGAAUGGAGAACUGAAGAAAAUUCUAGCCAUCCUAAAGGGAUCGCCACGCUGCUACUACGGAAGCAGGUUAACCACACCUCGACCAGUGGGUAUUACUUCUCCAUCACAGUCAGUUGCUCCACGACCCAGUUCCCAGCAUAGCAGCCAAGUAGUCAGUCGCUCUUCUUCUAUGGAGUCCAUCCCUUACACAGUGGCUGGCAUCGGUCAUGUGGAACAGGGAAGCAGAAGCCUGCAUGAAAGGAGCACUCCCAGAGACUCUUACACUGAAACUCCUUCACCAGCUUCAACUCAUAGCCUCUCUUACAGACCUUCAUCUGCCUCCUCUGGACAGGGGGUUUCCUUUAGACCACUAUUCAGUGGGGUUCCAGGCCACACGAGAGUCCUCACUCCCAUCAAUUCUGGUCAGAGGGAAAGCAGAACCACACCAGAGAAUCUUCCUGGUUUCCAACUUCCAGUCCUGCAGACAUUCUACCAACAGAGGCAGAUGGGACUAGCCAGGAGAGACGGAUGGAGCAUCUCCAGAUAG